ACACACACACACUCUCACUGGGGCCGACCCAGACCAACGAACUCCCUAAAUGCCAUCGCCACCAUGAAGGGAAUCUGGGUCUUCGCUCUCCUUGCCCUGGCCUCCACCUGUUACAUUGAUGAUGGCAGGCGUGGAACUGAGGUUGACUGCAGUGGGUACCCCAGGGCUGGAAAUGGCAAAAUUACAACAUGUCCAACAAAUAAAUAGUGGACUUGAUGUAAAGAAGCUUCACAAUGGAUCUUGUAUCGAUUGCAACAGACCAGUGGAGAUUUGCACCAUGGAAAGGAGGCCUCACUGUGGCUCAGAUGGCAGGACUUACGGCAACCAAUGUGACUUCUGUGAUGCCAUUCAGAAAAGUCAUGGAGCUCUUUACUUGGUCAAAUAUGGAGUAUGCUAAAAUUCCUGGUGGCUGAGACACGACAUGUACCUUCUGCUUUCAAUUUCUUCUCCUUAUCCCUAUGUAGAAGCAUCAUUGUUCCUUGGUCUGUGCUCCUAGUCACAUAUUAUCAAGUGUGUUUUCAGUAAAGACUUUCAGCAGCUGCA